AUGCCUCCAUGUCUGGGGCUGGGCGAGCCUGAGCGCUCAAGCCUGCGCCCUGGUCAGUCAGCUCUGACCGUCGCACGUAUACCUCCUCCGAUGGCAGGCUAUAAGGGCGCGUUUCAUCGAAGUCCAGUAGUCUGCAAUAUGAACAAUGCACUUCCUUCCUCUGCUUCUCUCCUUCUUUGCCUUCCCAGCUCUCAUCUUAGCCGGUGGUACUAUCACUUCACCAGCCAAUGGGACGGUCAUCCUACCUGGGCAGAGCUUUGCCUUCUCGUAUGAUCCCAUGGCAGACUACAGCAUGUCCACCUACAACUAUACGGUCUUCCUCCUCACGAAGCCCCCCGCCUCUCUUUACCCAUCUAAUGAGUGGUCCAGCGGACACUAUUUCGGUCGUUUCGAUUAUCCUAACUAUCCAGCUGUUCCGUACCCCACGCACCCGGCCCCAGCCAACCUAACCAUGCCGGACUUUUCACAACGUGUUGGGAGCGGGUUCGGUGGCGGCAUCAACAUUAGUGAUGCUACAGUUUAUCUGGUGGUUUUGGAAGAAUGGGCUACUGGAUCGGACAACUUCGGAAUGACGAUAAGUCUAGCAGUCAACGAACUUAUUUACAAUGGGACGACGUCUAAUUGAAGUUUGUUCAAUGAAUACUUUGAAGCGUCUAUUAUAAUAUACAUUGUAUCUAUGUUAAUGUCUUAGGGCCUUUUAAUAUUUCUUGAUAAAUAUCACUAAGGAGACACAUAAGUAAUAGUACAAUAUUAGAAAGACUUCCUUUCACUUCAUCCAAAUUCCUCAAACAUACACUCUCUGCAGAUACGCGGGACGCGUGGGAUCCGGAUCGACACGCAUCAUA